AGUUCCCCCAGCUCCCCCCCCCCCAACCCAUCCGCCCCCCGGCAACCCUCUCUCUCUCUCUCAAGAUUUCGCAACCCCUCUUGCUGAAAAUGAGUUGGUGGUGGGCCGGAGCUAUUGGCGCUGCAAAGAAAAAAUUCGAAGAAGAUGAGGGGCCUAUCAAACACCAAAGCGUGGCCCUGAUAAUCGGUGUCACCGGAAUCGUGGGCAACAGUCUGGCCGAGAUCCUCCCUCUCGCAGACACCCCUGGCGGUCCCUGGAAGGUCUACGGCGUCGCCCGCCGCCCCGAGCCAUCGUGGAAUGAUGACAACCCAAUUCAAUACAUCCGAUGUGAUAUCUCAGAUCAUGAGGAUGCUCAAGCUAAGCUUUCACCUCUAACGGAUGUCACACACAUCUUCUAUGUCACAUGGACCAGCAGAUCCACUGAGGCUGAAAAUUGCGAAGCCAAUGGCAAAAUGUUUAAGAAUGUGCUCGAUGCAAUUAUCCCCAAUUGUCCUAACUUGAAGCACAUUUGUUUGCAAACAGGAACGAAGCAUUACAUUGGUCCAUUUGAAUCCUAUGGAAAGAUAAAAACUCAUGACCCUCCUUUCCACGAGGACUUGCCCCGUUUGGAUUACCCAAAUUUUUACUAUACUCUCGAGGAUAUCCUGUUCGAGGAGGUGGAAAAGAAGGAGAAUUUGACGUGGUCGGUUCAUAGGCCAGGUACUAUAUUCGGAUUUUCUCCGUAUAGUAUGAUGAACUUAGUUGGGACCCUAUGUGUUUACGCGGCUAUUUGUAAGCAUGAGGGCGUGCCAUUGAGGUUUCCAGGGAGUAAAAUUGCCUGGGAUGGAUAUUCUGAUUGUUCUGAUGCAGAUUUGAUUGCCGAGCAUCAGAUAUGGUCUGCGGUGGAUCCCUACGCUAAGAAUGAGGCGUUCAAUAUCAGCAAUGGAGACGUAUUCAAGUGGAAACAUUUCUGGAAGGUAUUGGCUGAGCAGUUCGAGGUGGAAUAUAGAGAGUUCGAAGAGGGGCAGAAUCUGCACUUGCAGGAGAUGAUGAAGGAUAAAGGGACAGUUUGGGAUGAAAUUGUACAGGAGAAUGGAUUAACGCCUACUAAAUUGGAGGACAUAGGGAUUUGGUGGUUUGCUGAUGUUGUUCUUGGCUCCGAAUGUUACUUGAGUAACAUGAACAAGAGCAAGGAGCACGGGUUUCUGGGAUUCAGGAAUUCGAAGAAUUCGUUCAUAUCAUGGAUUGACAAGGUGAAAGCUUACAAGAUCGCCCCUUAACUUAAUCAUCAUCUAUGUGUUCUUGGUGUACUUUUAUGCUUCCUUGGUUUGUUAUCUGUGGUUUCUUGGUGUAUGAUCGUGUGUUUAAUGUGUCUUCUCUUUCAAAAAAUGUUCUUUCUGAAUGAGUCCCGCAAUUUGGGUUGUAAUGUGGUUAUUCAUUAUGAAUUUUGUAAUAAUAAGAAGGGAAAUUGUGAUGGAUGGAAGCUUUUGUAUAAUGGAAAAUGUAAAAUAUGGAUUCUGAUUUAA